UCUUUCGAUAUUUCAGCAUUGCUAACGUAUAUUAAAUAAAUAAUUUACAAAAAUGCCCCUAACUGGUGGUGUUAACGAGAAUCUUGAUGGAACAAAAGAUUUUAAUAUAAAUGCGAUGAAAGAGUUUGAUAAUCAUACAGUGCAUGCAAGUGCGUACGUGGUUGGGCAAAGGGACAAACCUGAUCCGAUGAACUUAAACUCACCACCUUACAAAGUGGUGGGUGGUAGUUUGGCGGUAGAAAAGGCCGGACACUCCGUAGGUUUACACGGCCAGCAUAUACCAGAAUUCGGGAACCGGGUAACUGGUACAGCUAAUGUCAACGUCCUCAAAACUAAUGACCACAAAGUUGACGUCAAUGCUUUUACAACACAAACAAUAACUAAAGCUGGACCGAACUUUUCCACUCAUGGAGGUGGUGUUGAUUACACUUUUAAAGAAAAAUUCGGCGCCAACACUUCUGUUGCUCACACGCAUAUGUUCAACAAAACUGAUUACUCAGUUGGUAGUCAUGUGAACUUGUACAAGAACCCGACUACUUCUGUCGACUUCAAGGCUGGAGUUCAAAGAACUGACAUUCAGUUUGGCAGAGGCAACUGGGAGAAGCAAGGGUUUUUACAUAUUACAAAAAAGUUUUAAUCAUAUAUCUCUUCUAUGCAGAAUUGUUAUCAUUAUUUUUAUAUACAA